AUGCAGAAAGUGUUAAGCAGAAACCCUCCAGUAGUCCUAUCCUUUAACCCUCUUUCUCAUCACCCCUUAGGCUUUUACAAAAACCCACUCUCUGUUACACCUAGAAUAAUGACUUCUCCCGCCCUCCACCGCCUUCACCAUGCUCCUUUCCUUAAACCCUUUUCGGGGUUUCGAAAUAUAGAUUGUUCUGUUAAGGCUGGAGUUGUUGUUCCUGCUGUUAAUAAUAAUUGCGGUAUUUGUAGAUGCUCUCUUGAUAAUAAUAAUAAUAAUAAUGCUGCCCCUGUUAGGGCUUGGGUUGUUCUGAAGCAGAGUAGGACUAGUGCUGCCUGGUUUGGGACGGUCGCUUCAGCUUCCGAGAAGAGUGUUGUGCCGGUGACUGCUGAGGAGGAGGAGGAGAAGGAGAGUGCCUCCGAGGAGAGGCCCGGGGUGGCUGCUAGGUCGCAUAAUAGGAGGCAGAGGGGUAGUGGGGAAGGAGGGGUUAUGGCUAGUCCGGAUUUGUUAACGAUACCGGGUGUGGGACCGAGGAAUUUGAGGAAGUUGGUGCAGAAAGGUUUUAUGGGUGUUGAUCAGCUCAAACAGCUAUACAGAGAUAAGUUUUUUGGAAGAUCGAACGAGAAGAUGGUUGAGUUCUUGCGAAGCUCAGUUGGAAUCAUUCACAAAAACCAUGCCGAGAGUAUCACCACGUUUAUCAGAAAGAGCGUGGAUGAAGAGUUGAAGGAAAAGGACUCAGAUUCCGAUGCGAAGUCAGCACCAAAGAAACGACUUACUUUCUGUGUUGAGGGAAACAUUAGUGUUGGAAAAACAACCUUUCUGCAGAGAAUAGCUAAUGAGACACUUGAAUUGCAAGAUCUUGUUGAAAUAGUUCCCGAACCUAUUGACAAGUGGCAGGAUAUUGGGCCAGAUCACUUCAACAUAUUAGAUGCAUUCUAUGCGGAACCACAAAGAUAUGCUUACACAUUUCAGAACUAUGUUUUUGUUACGAGAGUUAUGCAGGAGAGAGAAUCAUCUGGUGGUAUCAGGCCCCUUAGGUUGAUGGAGAGAAGUGUGUUCAGUGACAGGAUGGUGUUUGUAAGAGCUGUUCAUGAAGCAAACUGGAUGAAUGAGAUGGAGAUCAGCAUUUAUGACUCAUGGUUUGACCCGGUUGUUUCAACUUUGCCUGGACUGAUUCCUGAUGGUUUUAUUUACCUUAGAGCAAGCCCUGAUACAUGUCACAAGAGAAUGAUGUUGCGUAAGAGAGAAGAGGAAGGUGGAGUUUCCUUGGAAUAUCUGCGAGACUUGCAUGAGAAGCAUGAAAGCUGGCUGUUCCCAUUUGAAAGUGGAAAUCAUGGGGUAUUGUCUGUUAGCGAGCUACCCCUAAACUUUGACAAAUCUGUACCAUUACCCCCAGAAAUAAGGGAUCGUGUUUUUUAUCUGGAGGGCAAUCACAUGCACCCAAGUAUUCAAAAGGUUCCUGCUUUGGUUCUUGACUGCGAGCCUAACAUUGACUUUAACAGAGAUAUUGAAGCAAAGAGGCAGUAUGCUCGCCAAGUUGCUGAUUUCUUCGAAUUCGUAAAGAAGAAGAAUGAAGUUACGCCAGGAGCUGGAGUAGAACCGUCUAAGGGCAACCAAGCACCGGUUUUGCUGCCUCAAAAUCCCGGUUUGUGGGUACCUGAUGGCAAGUUCUCGGAGUCGACACUGAAAUCCUUGGAUUUCAGACGAAACAUGUCGUUCAUGUCUCGCUAGUGCAUGUUGCUCGUCCUUGGCAUAUCCAGAAGUUUUUGGGAAGGAAUGUGUUUAUUUUCUCCUUGUAAAAAUGUGUUUUGGCUACUCAAAGCUUUUAACCUGCAGUUGUGUAGGAGUAGGUUGUACGUGGAUCUUGCUAGGAUGCUGAUUAGUGAAAGCGUUGUUUUCAUUUGAAGGCAGUGGAGUUCCUUCUUUUGCUUUGCA